CGUCAGGGGAUUAUCCGUGUCGGAGUAGGUUGAUUACGGCGACGCAGAGCUGGUGAGAGCGGGGCAACGAGGAGAACCGUGUAUUUAAAAACCGCCUCAGGCAGACGCAGCAUUUACGAGCCUGCAGUUUUGCUUUUAUUUGCGGACUCCCAUCAUCCCUCCCUCCCGCUCUCCCUCCCUCCUCGCCCCCCCUGACCGAGGGUGACUCUGUCGGGUCCAGAAUGACAUGGUGGAGAGGACAGCAAGCACCGGUUUAACCUGAGCAAGUGGACACUACUUCUUCUUCUUCUUCUGUUCACCCCAGCAAACAUGCUCUGACUUUAAUUUUAUUUCAUUUUAAUCGCGUUGGACUGCUGCUGCCACUCGGACUCGUUAUCAUUCACCUCUAAAGUAACUAAGGGAGCUGCUGCAGCAAUAACAGGAGCUCAGGGGUUUUCCUCCAUUCUCCAUCAUUUUUGCCUGGUCUUGUGUUGGAAGUUGAGGAGAAGAAGAAGAAGAAGAAGGAGAAGAUGGGACUACCUGCCCUGGAGUUCAGUGACUGCUACCUGGACAGUCCACAGUUCAGAGAGAGGCUCAAGUCCCACGAACUGGAGCUGGACAAGACCAACAAGUUCAUCAAGGAGCUGAUUAAAGAUGGAAAAGCUCUCAUCCAGGCUUUAAAAGGUUUGUCGACGGCGAAGAGGAAGUUUGCCGACUCCCUCAACGAGUUUAAAUUCCAGUGUAUCGGAGAUGCGGAGACAGAUGAUGAGAUAUGCAUAGCCAAGUCUCUUCAGGAGUUUGCUGCAGUCCUGCAGAACCUGGAGGAUGAGAGGACACGGAUGAUAGAGAAUGCCAACGAUGUUCUGAUCAUGCCUUUGGAGCGGUUCAGGAAAGAACAGAUCAGCGCUGCCAAGGAAGCCAAGAAAAAGUAUGACAAAGAGACAGAGAAGUACUGCGCGGUGCUGGAGAAACAUCUUAGCCUUUCAGCCAAGAAGAAAGAGUCCCAUCUACAUGAAGCGGACAACCAGGUCGACAACGUACGGCAGCAUUUCUACGAGGUUUCGCUGGAGUAUGUCUUCAAGGUGCAGGAAGUCCAGGAGAGGAAGAUGUUUGACUUUGUGGAGCCUCUGCUGGCGUUCCUCCAAGGCCUGUUCACUUACUAUCACCAUGGCUAUGAGCUGGCAAAGGACUUCAAUCACUUCAAGACUGAUCUAACCAUCAGCAUACAGAAUACGAGGAACCGCUUCGAGAGCACGCGGUCGGAGGUCGAGAUUCUGAUGAGGAAGAUGAAGGAGAAUCCACAUGAUCACAAGAGCGUCAGCCAGCACACCAUGGAGGGAUACCUGUUUGUGCAGGAGAAGCGCUCAUUUGUCUCGACCUGGGUGAAGUACUACUGCAGAUAUCACCGUGAGCCCAAGAGGGUGACCAUGGUUCUGUUUGACCCCAAAUCAGGAGGCAAAACGGGAGACGAGGAGAGUUUCACGCUCAAGUCCUGCACCAGGAGGAAGACGGAGUCGAUCGAAAAGAGGUUCUGUUUCGAUGUCGAGGCUGUGGACAGGCCGGGAGUGAUCACCAUGCAGGCUCUGUCGGAGGAAGACCGCAGGUUGUGGAUGGAAGCCAGGGACGGGAGAGAACCGGUGUACAAUCUAAACAGAGACAACCAGACUGAAGGCAUGGCUCAGCUGGAUGUCACCGGGUUUAACGUAAUGAAAAAAUUCAUCUACGCCGUGGAGACUCGAGGUAUCAACGAGCAGGGAUUGUACAGAAUCGUUGGUGUCAACUCCAGAGUACAGAAACUACUGAGCUUGACUAUGGAUCCGAAGACAUAUGCUGAUGUGGAGCUGGAAAACCCAGAGUGGGAGAUCAAGACCAUCACAAGUUCUAUCAAACAUUAUCUCAGGAUGCUGCCUGCACCUCUCAUGACUUACCAGUACCAGAGGAGCUUCAUCAAAGCUGCCA